AUGAAAGCGUGUCUUCGUUCACGAGAUGGAAGCUGUAUUCAUCAGCUUCGACAACCGCUUACUACCAUCGGUUGUGAAGGCAGUGAUGUUAUUAUCCAGGUGAGCGCACUCACCACAAGAGUUAGACGUGCUUUUUUAUAACCCACGAAUUACUUGAAAAAAAAUUCCGAGAAAAAGGCUCUGGAGAGGAAGACGAUAUUCACGUUUUUGCUGUAAACUUUUGUUCCAUAUGUUUUCAAACUAAGAAUUUGAACUAGAGUUAAUGUAUUAGAAUUAUUUAAACUUGAUACGAUUAGCGGCAUUGUGAAACAAAUUUAAACGAUACCUAAUCACUCCCUACUCUGUCGAUCCCUAUUCCGAGAUAAUUUUUACAAUAGGGUUAUAUAUUUAGAAUUUGUAUAACUUUCUCUGAGUCAAUGGAUUCUGUAUUGUUUCAACUGCACACUUAUUCUUCUUUUGAAUCAUUUUAACGUGCGCGUCUCAGAAACAGUACGUUGUUUCUAUCAAUAAAAUAGUAAACACUUCAAUUUAGAAGUAUUUUUAACAGUAUUCUCACGUUCAUGGAAAACAUUAAUUGAUUUAUGUAAAAGGAUGCUUACAUCCGGCUCCUUCUAUGUCAGUUGAUCGACAUUUAACAAAAAAAACAAGGCACUAACUAGUGCUUAGAGGAGCAAAAUCUGCUGUUGCCGUGAUUGUCCCUUAAUUUUUCUUCUUAGUUCCAGAGACAUUUUUUUAUCCAUUUUAACUUAUUUAGUCACCCAAAUAUUAUCAGUAGCUGAAUAUUGGGACUAGCACUAGCUGUCUUAUUCGUGAUCUGCUGUUUUGUACAUACCAUGGUUAUCUUGCAUUGUGAUGUAUUUGACCCUGACUGUUUUGUUUCCAAGCAGUGUUCCAAUGUGGAGCGUCAGCAUGCUGUUAUUGAAUAUGAUGAGACAGAAGGUUGUUUUGUAGUACAAGAUCUUAACUCUGCGCAUGGAACUUAUGUCAAUGAGUGCCGUGUACAAAAUGCAGCUGUUAGACUUGCUUCUGGAGAUAUCAUUAGAUUUGGAUAUGGUAUCCUUUUAAACUAGCAGUAAUUUGUAAUAUAAGGAAAACUCAAUACCAGAAUUUCCACAGCUCUAAUAGAUGAUUCAUUAUUUUUCCAAAUGGUCCCCCAUUUAGUGACAUUAUUUUUUAGCACAAGGGAGUCUGAUGUUUGUAAAGCAUAAAUUAAGGCUUGAUAAGCUUUUUUUCUGUACCCCUCUCCACACACACAAAUUUUACUUAAGUCACUAUUUUUGCAGUGUAGAUCACUUGUCUUUUUUUCCUAUUUGCCACUCUAUAAGAUUACUUGCAUGUGUUUGAGACUCAGCAUUUAUAUAUAUAUAGGACUAAUUUUGUUUUAGCUGUUAUGUGAAGGUGGCAAGUGUGAAGAUAAGCACAGUUAUUGCCUUUGUUUCAGUAGAUUUGUAAAUUUUUUUACUUUUACAGUUACAUUUCUUAACAUGUGUGAAAAUUUUGAUAGAAAACACAGGAUUUGAAUUUCUUGUUGACUCCUCUGGUCCAAUACACUACCCAACUUUGGCAGUAUCAAAACCAUGGGAAUCAUACAGGCUUCGUGUGUUACCAUCUCCUGUGGCAUCAAUUCAAUCUGGGGUGGUAACCUCACUUCCUUACAUCAGCACUGGCACUACCUCUAGCAGUGAAGGGAUGCAGUUGUUUUCAAGCUCUCAAGCUGUAAGUUUACCACCUGGCACUGGGAGCUCAAUAACAGAGUUAAGGGGAACUUCUGAUACCAAGGUAACAACCUUUAGAUAUCUUAUAAGGUAAUCGGUACGCGCUGGAUUUUUUCUGUUUUUGGGUGAUUAUUCUGAUGAGGCUACAUUGGAUGAUAUUAUGCCUUUCUUUCAUUUUGUCAACUUGGCAGUACCUGCAAAGCCUUUUAUUUUUCCAGGGCAAAAAUAUACAUGAAUGUGUAGUCAACAACUCUAAUUGCUAUGAAUUGAAUACAAUCUAUUAUUUAAUUUUAUUAACUGAAUCAUUCACUUAUUUAAUUGCAUUUUUUGCUUUGUAAUUUAUUGUACUUACGACUACUUUUUAUGACAUUCUUUUGAAGUAUUACUAUUUCUAGCGCUUUACAAGCAAAGAUCUUCUUCAGGAGAUGCCUUAUGAAUAGACCAGUGUUUUGUUAUUAAUAUAAGUAUUAUUAUUAUUAUUAUUUUAAUUUCAUAAAAAAGGCUGUGGUUAUCCAUCAUGGUGAAUAAAAAUAUAAGCUAAGCUUUUCGUUUGUCUCAUGAUGUAGUCACUCAAACAAGAACUGAGAAACUUUGUGCCACAAAUUGUAUUUUAACAUGGACUGAAAGGUUUGUUUGCCAAAUCAAGUCAUCGGGUAGUGAGCUUAUGCCUCUAAGCCCAGGUCAUUUAGUUGAAACACUUUACACCUACAUUGUCUAUUACCCAGAGGAUAUACUGGGUUACAUAUAGAAAACAUGCUAACUGAAAGUGACCUGCUGAAUGGUGGUUUGGUGACAAAUUAUCGAACAAACUGUGUGAAAUGUCAAAAAAAUGUCAUGUAUCCAAAUAAGAUAAUUUCAAUCAGUAAAAUUAAGAAUGAAGUAUUUUAAUCCUUGACAGGUUAGUGUCAUGCCCCACCCACCCCUGAGGUCACGCCCCACAAGUGCUGGUGCAACAAAGGCACGUCCAAGCUCUGCUGGAAGAGAAAGAACUGCUGCCCCCCCUGUCACAAGAGGUGAGGAAGUGGAGAGAAUGUGGCUAAAACAAAUAAAUAGGCCUGACUUUGUUCCUUUUAAUCAACUUUGUUUAAGCAAAAUGAGAGAAAACAUGUUCAAAUAAGACUUAACAAUAUGAUCCUUGCUGGUGGAGUGCAAUUUGAACAACUGCAGGGAAAAAAAAACUUAAAAAAUUAAGGCUUAAAUGUCUGAGCCUGUAUUUGUUGAAGCUUUUUUCUGCAGUUGCCUUAAUUGCAGCUUUCAUGUACAAGUACUUGCCAGGAUCAUUUCUCUCCUUGAGUUUCAUUUGUUAUUCAAAUUUAAUAUUUUGCAUAAAAAUUGUGAUCAUUUAAGAAAUAAAAAGAAUUUUCUUUUACGUGUGGCAGCAAACUACUGACUGAUGGAUGAUCACCAUACAAUUUAAUCAUAACAGUGGAGUGUACAAGUAGUGUUCUCCUGUGUUUACUUUUUAGGUGGCUGGGUGAAUGGUGUAAUGCAGACAGCAGGGGAAAACUCUGUCCAAGAAUUGGUAUGUUUCUGCCCUUGAUUGUUCAUACAACUUUUGUUUCAUGGACAUAACUAAGUUUACUAUAACUGAAAUAACACUGUCUGAUGAAUUGGCAAAGGAAGAAAACUAACUAAUAUAACACGUUCUGGUGAAUUGGAAAAGGAAAAAAGCUGAAUAUGUCUUCAGACAUAACUGACUCCAAGUAACUGAGUCCAAGACAUCAUGCAUGAAAAUAUUUUUCUUUCUUUUUUUGAUAUUCAUGUAAAUUAGUUGUUACAUUAUGUAACAAUUUUGUCAAUUUAAUCAGGAGGAGCGUCUGUUACGCAUGGGUGAUGAACUCAGCCGACUGGCUUCAUAUGAAGCAGAAUGUUAUCGAAAGGAUGGAGUUAUUGCUGCUCUUAGAGAUGAGGUUGUUGAUCUUAAGGGAGCUCUGCAAUCCAGUGGUGGUUUAAGGUAUGGUAAAAAGAUGACACAUCUAAAUAACCAAAGUAGAAUUUCAUUUGUUUUUCUUGUGUCCCUAACCAUGGAUCACAAGUUUGAUACCUUGGGCACCUUUUUGAUGCUUUAUGGUUUAACACCUUGUCUACUGACUAAUGUUGAGAAGCUUAAAUGAAUUGUGCCUUUUUAACAGACAAAACUACAAUAACCUUGCCAGAAAGUGUAGAAGUCACAAGCAAUGUGCUUUCAUUCACAGUUAAUAUUUAUGAUAUCCUAUUAAGGAAAUUGAAAACAAUUCAUUUUUGACCCUCAGAGCUGGAGGUGAGGACUCUGCAUUUUCAAACUCAAGUAUUAUUUUACAACUGCGAGAGCAAGUGUCACAGUUACAAGGAAUUCUACAAGAGAAAGAAGAAAGUGAAAAGACAGCAGCACAGAAGUUAGCCAUGUACCAAAACCAACUUCAUGCCAAGAACAAUGAAGUAGCCUCACUGAAAGACCAACUACAAAUGCAGGUUUGUGAAGGAACCCAUUAUUUCUGCAAGGUACAUGUGUAAAAACGUGUCAACUAGUCACACCCCAUUUACAAGGUGACAGACCUCCCCACCCCACCCCACCCCACCCCACCCCACCCCACCCAUCCGUCACAACGACUCAGAGCUCUUGCCGCGUAUAACGAGUUUAUCACUUUUCCUGGUUAGAAUGCUUGUCAAUUGCAGGAAACUAGCCAUGACAGCUUUGCGAUACCAUUUAUAUUUACAUUAGGGGGAGAGAGGUAGAUUUUUAGUCAUGAUGACCCUGGCUAAAGCUUGAAAUAAGUAGUAUCUAGAGAUUGAAUGAAAAACAUAAAUGGAAAAAAUACUUAAAUGAUUGAUAAGUGGUUGGCAAACUGUUCUUGAACAAGCCUUUACAAUAUUACCUUGUAGACAAAAGCUACAAGCUGGGUGAAAACAGAUCCGAACGCCACCACGAACAAGAUUGCCUCUUUACGCACAGAAAUAGCCGAGAAAGAGCGUAGGAUUUCGCAGCUAACCAACGACAAUGAAAAACUGAACAAACAGAAAAUGCAGUCCACCACUUUACUGAAUGGUUUACAAAGAGAGAACUCAGCAAAGGAUGCACUGGUUCACCAGGCUAAGAAUGAGAUUGAAAAACUCAAAAAAGAACUCCGUGAAAAAGAUUCAACAAUUUCUACGAUGUCUGCGAAGGUGAGUAGACUUUACAUGUUUUUACGACGGAUACUACUUCAUUAUGAUUACAGAACAAACUUGGUUAUCUGCUUCUGAAGUAAAAAAGGGAUAACGGGAAGAAAGGCGAAUUGUAGGGAGCUCUGGGGGCUCUGGGGGCUCUGGGAGCUCUGGGGGCUCUGGGGGCUCUGGGGGCUCUGGGAGCUCUGGGGGCACGGGUUAUUUCCUUAUAUUGACUAAAAAACUCUCACUCUGUGGGGAGUAGCUUGUGUGUUAAAAUAGUCCCCUUACUUGAGUAGUUUCUGCAUCAUACAUUUUAAGUGUGCAUCCUUAUAUUUUCUCUCUACUAUUGUCAAUAGACAAGGUACUUAACAGUCGGAAAUUAUAAUGACUGGAAAUAUAUGAAAAUCAUAUAUGUGCACUGCGGUGAACAAACAGAUAUAGGCGAUUCUCGCAGCUAUGAACACUACUGAACUAGUAGUUGAAAUAAGACCUGAAAAAAAUUCAGGCCCGUACGGGAUUUGAACCCUUGACCUCUGGAAAUAUAUGAAAAUCAUAUAUGUGCACUGCGGUGAAGAAUCCAAUGGAUCCAACAUAAUGACCAGCUCCUAGUUGGCUUGUUAGCUUAGUUGGUAAAGCACUGCACCGGUAUCGCAGAGGUCAUGGGUUCAAAUCCCGUACGGCCCUAAAUUUUUUUCAGAUCUUAUUUCAACUAUUAGUUCAGUAUUGUUCAUAGCUGCAAGGAUCGCCUACAUCUUUCGGAAAUUACUUGUGUGAACGCGCGGAAUCCUACGCAGGAAGGCAGACGUACAUUGUUAUGGAUUUCCUGUUUUCAUGGCAUCGAUUGGCUUGCUGUUGCUGUGAUAUGUUUAACCAGCACGAUCCAUGUAUCUCUAAGCAAUUCUACCGAAAAUUUCUCAUAUUUUUCAGCUGGCGCGACAGAAGGCUGCUAAGGAUGUGGAAAAGGAGGCGCAGAAACUACAGCAGGAGCUUCAUGCUAAUAAAGCGGUAAGAAUCCAGUACAAACCAGGGACCAAGUUUGGCCGAUCGAUUACUUCUAACAGCUUUUUGUCAUCCCCAAUCCAUAGAAGAAACGCCAAGAAUUUUGCAAUUUCUUUUUUCCAUUUUUACUUUUUUUUUCUUGUUUAUUUCCGCUUUUUUUUCAGUUAUCUCUGAUUUGCUCUCAAAUGUUACGUGAGAACAGAAUAGAAAAUGGUGUUGAACUUCUAGUAAAAUCUGCCGGUUGUUUACAAUAUGUAAUGGAUUGUUCUUUGUACUUUUGUGUUAAUAUUCUGUUUUUGUAAGAACAGACUGUGGCAAAUGAUCAUUUAGGAAUGUCAACAUACUCAAAUAGUUUUGUUUCCCUUAGUUUCUUGUUAUGCAGUACCGCCCUUAUUUUGGUUUCUGUUGAUGAAGAAUAUCAAUGGCGAUUCGUUCUACUUACGUUAAUCAAACAUUAUUUUAGUAAAUGGUCGUUGCCACGCCGGUUUUGGACACUCAGUAACUGGGUUCGCUCUAAAAUGACAUCUUGACAAGUUUUGUUCAUACCCAUUAAGUCCAAGGUCUCUGUCAAAAUUAAAUACUUGAAAAGUAUGUAAAUUGCUUUCUACAUUUAUCCCCAACAUUUCAUCGUACGUAUGAGGGGGCUUUAAGUGAAGCUUGCUUCUCCUGAAAGAGCUCUUCGGAAUACCUCGGGUAGGCUAAGAACUUAGGUAGACCAUAAAGAACAUUUACUUUAAAAGUACAAUCGCAUUUCCGCCUCUCGAGUCUGCUGUCCGCCAGCAUUUAUUAGUGCUGGUUAUUUCAGUUUACAACUUUAGCAUCAGGUAGACUUUAAUUUUUUCGCCGAAAUUCCGACUCUGAACUACCAACGGCAACGGACACAAAAGAACAUUGGUGAAUGAUUUUUAACUAAUAACGGUUUUCUAUCCUGCUCUCAGUUUGACAACUUGCAACCAUGACGUGCAUGUAUCUUUAAAAUUACUCAUCGGAAGUUGGAUACUAUGUAAAGCUUGUCGAGCUGAAGUUGUGUUGGAAAAGUAGAAUUUUCGUGAAAAGUUGCAAUUGCACAAUGAUUUAUUUUCUUUAAAUGUUCACUUCUUUUCCUAGCAAAGUUUGCCAGAUGGUUUCCUAACAGUUUCUUGACUUGUGUUAGUUGAAGCGUUUUGUACACUCCUAUUAUUUAUUCCGUGUAGAAACUUCAAAGUACGGAGAAGCAGUUAAAGGAGAGGAUAAAAACCAUCGCUGAUUUGGAGCACGAAUUAGAGAAAAUGAGAGAUCACCUUAGCAAUGGGCAACAGGUAUGCUGCUAUGGAAACCAUGGAACUAGGGAACCAUAUUUGUUAACACAGCAUGUUACACAGCCGGUAGUGUGCUCUUGUUGAAGUUAUAUCAGAACAAUAUCCUUAGUAUAAUUAACUGGUCUGCUCUCGUUAGCUGUCUGCUUGACAGUGUGUCGACAUUGUAGGAGAAUGAAUCAAAUGAAUUCACCAGGGAGUGAAAGGGUUAAAUAGAGAUGCAAUAAAUUAAAGACAAUUCAUUAAUUUAAAAAAAAGCAGAUAUCAGCAUAUCCUUUAAUAAAUCAAAGGAUAAAAUGCAGUACAUAAAAUUCAAACAGGGUCAUCACACUUCAUUUCAGAGGUUGUAGUUGUACCCUCAUGGCUCUAUUUCUUUCUUUCUUUCUCUUCUUCUUAAGAGUGAUAAAGCAAUUCAACAAGAGCUGGAUCACGCCAAAGCACAGUGUCUUGACGCACAAAGAGCUGAAAAACUGCUCAAGGUUGACUUUCAUCAGUUGGAGAAGAGAGUAAGUUGCUAACGUUGAUCAAAACCUUAGUUCCUUGCACCAAUUUUCAUUUCAGAUUGAACAUGGAAGUUUGGAGAGUUUACAAACACAUCAAUGGACUCUACUCUUUGUUCUUGAAACACAAUUAUUGCAAUGUUUGAAAUGCUACUUGGUCUACUUGCAACUUGAAAGAUAAAUAUGUCAUGGGUUUUCGAUUAGCGUGUUUUAAAUAAUUUUUUUACUGAACAUCUUGACUCACUACUGUUGCCAUGAUUCCUCUCGUAGUUUGAUCGUUUCCGGCGGAAAUUGAUAGAGUAUACAUUUAGCGGUGGGGUUCCGAGGACAGUUGAUCAUGAACUGGACGAUGAUGAACUACUUGAUCACGUUAGACAGUUGACUCAAGAGAAACUUUCCCUGGUGGAAGAGAUAAAGCAGUAUGCCAGCUCAGAAAGCGAGGUAAACUGAAUCCUAUUACUUAAGUCAAGAACCAGACAACUUAAACCAGCAAUCAAACUGAUGAACCGGAAGAAAAAAAAAUGAAAAACUUUCCUACUGCCUCGAGCUGAGGCCAAGAAAAAUAGUAAAGUCCUGACUGGUUAUUUCGUGGCAAUUUACCAUAUAAUGUAUAAUGGACGAACUAAUCAUUUCUUGAUUUAAAUGAAUUUUUGAUAAUGGAGACGUUCCUGGUAGAAUAUUGCUGCUGUAACAAUAAUGUUUUUUUACUCUUGUUACGGUUUCAGUAUUUUUUACCAUUGCAGAUAAUUAGAGGAUGCCUUUGCUACAUGCACCUAGAUUAGUAAAGCUUUACGCUCUAAGACUGAAGUUUUAAAACUGUAUUUUUGUUUUAUCCGUAACGAAAUACUAAGGUAAUUCUCUGUAUAUUCCAGAAACCUGCCAUACUUAGAGUGCUAAGCUGAUCUGUUUAUCGCAACAGAGCUUGUCACGGAUCAUUAGUGCAUUUUCAAAGAAAUUUGAAUCAGUCGUAUUACAUAUAUGAUGUCUUGUUUUAGAAAGAAGCACAAGAUAAGGAUUUCAAGGAUUCUAUCGGAGAAAUGCGGAAACAUUUAGACGGCAUGGCGGUAAGAUGUUUUGACUUCAGUGUUCAUUGACUUCAUCGGCAUGGCGGUAAGAUAUUUUGACUUCAGUGUUCAUUGACCUUUACGUACCGCGUCAGAUAUGUUGAAUAUAGGGGUGGCAACCUGUGAGAAGAAGAGGUUCUGAAAUGAUUCAAAUCACUCCGCACGGGGGGGGGGGGGGGGGGUUGGUAGAGAGAAAUGGACUUAAACCUGUAGCUGGGUGGUUUCUGGUGACGUAAGUAAUGUUUUGACGAUGUUUUGCAUUUCUCAUCUUUAGAAACGGUUGUGGAAAUCCGGUCGAUCAUGUAAUUCUCUAGAAGAAGAGCUUACCUUAGUCGAGGAACUAACUACGCAUGAUUCUCUUUCUUGGAUUAAGGUGCGAUAGGUUAUAUAACACAACAUAUCGAUUUUACAUUUGUUUGAAAGCGUGUUGCCAAAAUUGUAACGGAGUUCUCCGAGUUCUCUCAAAGUCUCAAUGAAAUUCUAACUGUGUUGCUGUUACUGUGGGUAGGAUUUCGUUUGUAAAAUGCUGUCCGAUGAGUGUGCUUGGCAACAGAAGGCGGAAGAAGCUUUGAAGAAUGCAGCAGAUGAUUGUGAUUCUGGUGAGUACAUUGCACUUUUGCACCAAUAAUGUUUAGUAUUGCUUUGGGGUCCUUGUGCGCCUUAAAACUUAAACCGCUCCGAACCAUCGACCAAAGAAAACAGUUAUUUUCACGAAUUUCAAACGAUGAUGUAUUAGGCCAAUUUUUUUGUAUAUGUAGAAUAUUAUGAACAUUCGUCUUGACAGUAUAGAGAGUUGAUAUUUGUUUCGCAUGUAAUAUGCCUAUCAUUUGGGUUUUAUUUCUUUUCAGAAACCUCUGUUAGUGUAGAAGAUAUGUGUCGUCAACUGCGGGAUCAGAAGGAAGAAUGUCGAAAGCUCAAGGGAAAGUAAGGGCGAUCUAUCCCUUAAUUGAUGAGGAAAAAUAGAUAUAAAGCUAAGACAAUCUCUUUAAGUUUAGUGAUAGUAUCUGAACUAUUAACCGGAACAUCUUAUGUUCGAUUGCCGUGUGGAGCACUGAGACUCAGGUUGGUUCAUCUGGAUAUGCCGGUGUCUUCGACAGAAAUAUUAAUCUUUGAACACGUAUUGUGAGGGUUAGUCGUGAAUGUAUGUGAAUUAGUUUAAUUUUAUUUUUGAUGUAAAAAGCUUCCAUCAAUAUUGAUUUUGUAUUCCUCAUAAAGGGGUAAGUUUCUAUAGAAACUGUGGUGCUGCGUGGGAGGGAGAGUAUAAUCGAGUAAUUUAGUGUUAUCGACUGAGUUGAUAACGUAAAUUGGCCACCGUAAAGGGUUUAAAAGCUGACGUUUUGAGCGUUAGCCCAACUUCAUAACUCGUUCUCAUAUACUUCAUAAUGAUCUAAAACAAAGAAAGUUAAAAUGAAGGUGGUAGUAAGAAUUUCAAACUGGGAAAAACUUUGGGCCACAACAUAUGUACUUUUCCACUCUUGUGAUGCUAUUUCAGAAUUGCUGAAAUGGAAGAAACUCACCAAGAAGUGAUGAUUAAAUUACGAGAAGACAUGAAGAGAGAGGAAGAAAAACAUAUAUCAAGGGCAGUGGCUGAGGUCAGGUCAGAAGAAGACGAAAAACAACAUGAAAUGAUCCAGGAAUACAAACUAAAGGAAAGGGAAAGAAUACAAGCAGCAGUAGAUGCAGAAAGGAGAAUCAUGGAAUCACAGCAUGGAAGCGUUACACAGAUACAACAGGUUAGAAAGUUUCCACAGCGAGAGUGUUACUGCACGAAAGUGUGGGAGUUUAUGAGCAACAUACUGAAAACUGAGGGCGUAUUCGUCUGCCUAGUUGGGUGCAUUUUACAUUUCCGAAAGAUGAAUUGUAAUUUAAGCUAGAUAAUUGUAAUUGUCCUUGCUUUUAGUAAUGUCAACAACAACAGUCUUGGCAAUUUCUUUCUGUUUACUUCUGAGUUUAUGGUGUACGUAGUUUGCUUACAGUGCACACAGUAUACUUUCCUGCAUGAGGUUAGUAGCACGGCGCCUUUCUUUGUUUAAUUGGGCACGGUCUCCUUGCAGCUACUGAAUGAUCGUCAGAAAGAGUUGGAAAAUCACCGUGUUGCCUUAGCAACAACCAAAUCUCAAUAUGAACAAGCGAAAGAUGGAUUACAGAGAGCGAAAGAAACAGAGGUGAGUGCCGUCAUUCACGACUAUGCCAUGAAGUUCUCUGAUGUGUUCGUAGCACUGAGUGAAAUAUUUGCCACUUCUCUUCUGUGUAGUAUUUCUCAAAAGCAGGUCAUGGUAAUUUACGGUGUGUAAUCUUAGGUAGAAACAUAACUUCAGAAUCUCCCACUUCACUUACAUAAGACGGACGAAAACAGGAGUAGAGUAAUAGAGAGUAGAUUAGCCCAUGCUCUUUCGGAAACUACUUUUUGGAUAAUUUUUCUCCUCUUGAGAAUAAUGAAACGUUGAAGCAAAUUGUCGAGAGUUAAACAUUCACAGCACACACACGCACUCGAAGUUAAGGUUCUGAAAACUGUUCAAAGAAAAUAAUGGAUUUCACUCGCAGAAAUCUAUGGAACGUGAAGUCGCCUUCUGUUGCAAAUCGCCUUCCUGGUUCCUAAGCACAUGCGUGAGCACAAGAUUAGGCAUCAAGAACCAGUUGAAGAGCAUGUGAAAACUCUCUUUGACAAGGAUGACUUUUUGAUGUGCUUUUCAAAUGCCCUUGAAGAGUUAACAUGUAUAUUGAAAAAGUGAAAUUUGAAAACCGUUUAGAUUUUACUACUCAAAACAAUGGCGAUUUUUCCACCAGAAUCAUUUGCGAUCCCAGCUUCAAGAGCAAACCGCUGCGUACAAAGAACAGCUGGCUCGUGUUGAACGUGAAAAGGAGGAACUAACAAAUUACAAAGAAGAAGAAGUUGCUUCUUUCAAGGUAACUUGGGUAAUAUAGACUUUCCAUCAGUCCCAGAACUGAUCUGUGUUUGCGGCAUCACAGAAGAGCUUUACAAUGCAACGUUAUUUGAUUUGGGUUUUUCUCAUCACUAGUUGGCUUCCGCUUGCAAACUGUCAUGUUUUAAAUGUCUUUUUAUUCCCACGACUUAACUUAAAAAGAGUAGGCCUGUUUAAGUUUUACUCCAACCGAGUGAAAUUUACUUUGGCUUGUAGGAGCAAACUCGGCAACACGCUGUCACAAUCGUGGCAAUGGAAGAAAGAUUGUUGCGUCUGACGAGGCAGAAUCGACAGCUGGAGCAAGAGGCAAUGUAUGCCAAACAAAUGACUGGUAAGUAUUUACCUCUGUCAGUCAUGAUAAAUUACCAACCAAAGCGCUAAAAAUAGCGCUGCUAAAUUUAGUUGCAAAUAAUUUUCCGUACUUUUGAUGACUCUGUUUUGUUUGUUUUCGUUGGAUGCCAGCUAAAAGCAUCAUCGUAAGUGUUUGUUCAGAUUAUAGUCAGCAUUCCUUGAUUAACCAUGCGUUGCAUUUUCUGAUGUAGUCAAGAAAAAAACGUUUUACUGUGCGCUUUUGUCAUCCACCUCGUAGUAAUUGCGCUAGAAAGCUGUUUAGACACGAAAUCUAGAUUAGCUCGAGUGAUCCUAAAUUGAACUCUUCGAAAAGAUGAAAAUAUCAAAUUGGUUUCAAUUAAUGUCAAGGGUGUGUGAAAAGGCUGUACAAUGUAGUUGUUAAUCGAGAUUUUCAUUAAGGUGCCUACUUUUCUUAUUGGUGAAUGUGUUCAAUGAUCAGUCUUUUCACCCUGAUGAUUGUUGUUCCUGCUGCUGUUUUAUUUUCAUUACUGUCAAUGCUGUGUUCACGUUUGCAGUCUUGGUACGUGAAAUAGGUAGUGUUUGAUGUUGUUUGCAUUUCAAUAUCUUGGAUUAAAAACGAACACAUUGCCGACAGAAACAGUAUCGAAAUGUCAAAAAAAAAAAUUCUCAAAGGUUGAUUGAGCAACACACUUUAUUUCUCGAACAGCUUUGUUCCGAUCAUGAGGACGCUUUAAAUGAAUUGAGCGAGGAGUGAUAGGCAGGGAGGAUAGUAGUUUUGUUGCUUUUGUGUUCUGCUCUUUCAGCUGAGAAAAAGUGAUUUGAAUUUUUUAGAAAAAGAAAAAAAACGGACGUUCUUAGGAUUGGGAGUAUAGUGUGUACUUUGUGUUUGGAGUAUAUAAAAGUCCCACAAGUUGUUCAUAUAGUCUGUGUGGCUAGUGUGACUAAAACAAUUCAUGAGUUUGUUUCCCUGUCCUUAUUACAGGUAAGAGCCGACCAUCUUCUCCACGCAAAGAAGCCUCUCGACCCAGCUCUCCAAAGAAAGAACUAGCUAGUUCCUCCAGACCUCAGUCUCCAAGAAAAGAUCCAAAGCCACAGACAAGAUCAGUUGAGACGGAGACUGUGCCCCAGACUAGUGUAGAAGCCACACUUCAGUCUGAUGUCUAUAAAUUAGAGCAACUAGUUUUACUUCUGAGGUAUCUAGAUAUCUAUCUCUAAAAGUACUAAUAUGAAGUUUUUGGAGAACUGGGGAAGAAAAACCUUUGGAAGUUUGGGGCUGUCUUAAUUUAAUAACAGACAUCUCUCUUGCUUCAGCUGAAUAAUGUUCGAGUGUGGAAACAGAAGGAAAACAGCUGAAGUCUUGUUGACUGACAGUUGUUUGUUCUGUGCAUUGGAAUUCUUUGAAAUGCCAACGGAGUAUAAUGGCCCGAACCAUUUAUAUCCUCUUGAUAAAACUCUGCAAACAGGGUGAUAUUCAUUGUAACAGGUUCAUCUCCUGCUUCUUAAAUGUCUUCCAUCCUUUCGUAAAAUGAUUCAGAUAUUGUUUUUGGUGAAGGAAAGUAGAUAAAAUGUUAAUCUCAAACAUGCGUGCGCAACACAUUUUGACUGUAAUGCUUAGGAUGUCGGAGGGCUCAAUUAUGAUUUGUUUGGGGGCUAAAUCGUUUUGUAAUCAUUUUCCAGACGUGAAGCAGCACAAACAAAGAAAGAAGCAGAGAGCCAAGGAGAUGUCGUACAGGCUCUGAGGCGGGAUCUUGCAGGAGCUGCAGCACGCAUGUCAGACAUGGCUGGCGAACUAAGUGACAAACAAAAACAAAAACUUGAACAAUACGAGGAACGAAUUAAAGAGCAGGACAACGAGCUGGAGGAACAGAGAAAACAAUUAGUUCAGCUGUCUGCAUUAGUGGAUGAGCAGCAAAAAGAGAUCAAUUCAAGAGAGGAUAAACUCACUGAACAACAAAAGGUUAGUGAGUGUCCGAGGGCUCGCGCCUUUGUCCAGCUUUCGCUGAUCCAUCGACACCGUUUAGAUUGAAAGGUGGAAUAUAUUAUUUCUCUAGUUACCGGCAAUCAGCUAUCAAUUUGAAAGCACUUGUAUCAGCUGUAUUGGAAAUUUUCUAAAACCCGGUGUCUCCAGGUUUCAUCCAGUGAAUCCAUGUAAAUUCCGGAAACCAGUUAUCGGGAAAUUGCGGCUAUGAGUAGUUCAAUCAGAUAUUGUACAGUUUUAGUCACUGUUGCUGUGUUUCUCUUGUUCAACUCAGUUAUUGUAUUCACAGGCGUUAUUAAAGCAAAAGCGAGAUGCAACCAAGCAAGGAACUGAAUUAGUGCAGUACAAGGAAAAACUGGGAACACAGAUUGAAGAGCAAGAGAAGAAAUUACAAAUGAUGGAGAAAGAGGUGACAACAAAACUGUCUAACGCUCCCUCUAUUUAUUGCGUUGCAUUUGGUCUUCUUGUGUUGAGUUGCAUGGGUUUUUUAAUGUGUGUGUGUGUGUGGUGUCCUUUUUUUUUUUCUCUCCCUGCAGAAGUUUACUUUAAAAAAGCUUGCAAACCGAUUUAUAUUAGCCCCGUUUAUUUACUCUAUGUCUGUCGUCGCAGGCAAUGGUUGACCCAACGUCAUGGUUUAUAUUGUUUAUGUCAGCAGAUUUCAGUGGAUUUAACGUGUCACGCAAUUUCAUCAUUAGAUACGUGUAGCGAAUCUUUGUUGCUUCUAAGCAAAUAUUUCAUUCAUUUCAAGAUUUCGCUUUGACUUUCACUUUUAGUAGAUGAACUCCGUUGAAUUUCUCCGAAAUCUAAGACGAUUUUUACGUGAUGACCGAAAAAGCAUUUCAUACAUGAAAUUUUAUUGUUGUGCGGGUGAGGAAGGAGGAUAAUGUAGUACAGCUCAUCGCCGGUGUUAUUUAGACUGAUCUUAAGUUUGCGUCCUUUGUCGUAGAAUUUCAAGAUAAGUGAUUUACACGCCCAAGGUCUUCGUUGCCGAGGAGAACGACAUGAUCUGAUUAUAACUAGACAAAAGGAGGCUCUAGCGGACCUAAGAGACCGAACAAAAACACUGGAACAACUGAAACCACCUCGUAAGUGGCAUGAAACACAAAAUCAUAAUUUGUUACACAUAAUUAGGCUUUUAGGUGUUGUGAAAACAAACUUUUUCAGAACCGAAACAAUGACAAUCACCUGGAUUUGAUAAGAGCACGUGCUAAGAGAUCAGUUAUAAGCUGAUCCGCGGUUGAAUACCUUCAAAGCCCUUUAAUUGAUUAGAGAGAAAGACUUUUAAUCGAGUUUCAGUAUGGUCUAUUUGACAAUUGGUCUGUGGGUCCACGCAGCUAUGUAAAGCACGAUGAAAGAAAAACAGAUAAACAUUCCUCCCUAUGUUGAAUACAGAUUUUCUAACUAAUGUUGUUUCUUCAAAGUUCCAAGCCAUGAGCAAGCUUUACAGCAGAUUGUUGCUCUCAAGAAAGAAGUCAGUGAACUUAGAGCGAAACUGGCCUCUCAAGAGGAAGAUUAUCACAAGAGUGAGGGUGAAAUGCAUGCUGAGGUACGUGCUACAGACGCUUAAAUUUGCUGCGAUAUGCUUCAUUUUAAAACCAGAACAUAGUAUAAUUUUUAGUUUCUGUUGGAGUUUUGUUUAGCGAAGUUUAAUUUUUUUACUGAAAUAGACCCACAUUGCAAACCCUCUUUGCUGUUCUGGUUUGGAAUAAUUUUUCGAGGUAGACAGUGGAUUAUAAGGCCCUCGUUAUAACACAACUAACUUGAUGGACAUAUAUAAAGGUUAAGACAAAGUCGCUAUUACUCCCAGCACACGUCAACGAACAAACUAUUGGACAUUCGUUAACCAUGUUUAGCAGUGUUGAAUGCACUUUAUCUUUAUCAUUAUUGAUUUUUCAUAAACAUCUUUCAUUUCUCCACAAUAGCUGCGUCUUCGUCGUGAGCAAGCUUCAGCCAGCUUGGCUGAGUCAGACGGAGAGAAAGGUGCUCAUAGACAAACUAAGGAAGCGUUGGAUCUCAGCGAGAAAACGGUUAGUUGAUUUAUUAGCAGGUGAAAGCUUGUUACUUUACUUGUACGUAGAUGAUAUAGUAAACUUCCUCAAAUGCCUUGACACUUACUUUGCAUAUGCAACUACCUUUGCUUAUUUAUUUAGAUAUUUGGUUUUUUUUAUAUAUAUUAUUAUUAUUGUUUUUGUUGCAGUGAAUGUGUUUUGAAAUUUUGUUGUUAUGGUGAUAUACUUCCAAGUUUAUUUCGUUAUAUCUUACUGUUCUUAAUGUCGUACUGCUUGUCCUAGUACCUUAAGCUGGCUCGUUCACUCGGAGCCCUUCUGGAGAUUGAUCCGGUCCCAGGCUGCCGCUCGAUGGCUCAUCUACCCGUGGAGGAACGAGAGAGAUUGGAACUUGAUAGGACAAAGGUAUUCCAGAAACUGCAAUUGAGUCUUUGCUAUCUCGCCCCUGGCCUAUGUUCUAAGCCUCGCUGUGUUCACGGGAAAGAUAUCUGUUGUGCGGUCUUAUGUGAGCUAGGGCUAGUUAUCAACUUCUCUUGAGGUGCUCUGUUAGCUUCUGACGAAACAACUGAGCCUGUGUCUCCUGACUUACGGGCAAUUGUUCAAAGACUUAUAAUUAUUCCUAAGUUAAUGUUCUGAUCUACAGCCAAUCCAAAUGUAUACCAGCCAGGAAGAUUAAAGGAUAAAAGUUAGGCCCACACGACAGGGCUGAUUCAUUUUAUUUAAUCUACCAAAGCCAAAUAGAAAGAGGAAGCAAACAAUUGUGUCAAUUAUUAGGCUUUCCCGGGGGUGAAAACACAAAGGUGUUCACACUGAAAUACAAGAAAACAUAAGAGAGGACGUGACAAGGAGCACGACAGUAGAACUCACAGAUUGUAUUUUGAGUUUUUACCGAUGAGAUGAAGUGAUUCUUGACUAAAGAACAUUUUUUUUUAUUAAGUAACCAGACAGUGUUGUGAUUUGUGCUUGAUUUUGUGCACCGUACGUUACUUUAAUUGCAGUACAUACUAUCUCUCCCCUCCCCCUUUCAAUUGGAUCGUACGCAUUGUCCUAUUCUCACAAUACAAACCUAAUUAAUCUUUUGUAAUCCGUAUAAGAUAAAGAGGUUGGAUUGGGUAGGAGUAAAAAAUUUGCAGGCAACUUCAUUGAGCAACAUCUAACGUCAUUCCAUUUCUCUUUAGGCCGUGGAGUUGAUGGUUUCUAAAAUCCAACAAAUGUACGAACGAAUGGAGCGAAAAAUCCAGUUGCUAGGGUCAUACGAGGACGACCUUGUCCAUCUUAGGUGAGAUAAAUAUUCACUUCGAGGUUUUGAACGAUAGCCUUUAAAACUUUUCUAAACUCUGAGUUCAUGAACAAAGGUGAAACAUACCUUUGCGUGUCUCGCUCUCGAGAAAAAAAAAAUGGCAACAAACUUUUUUCGCGGUAGGAACUCAUUUAAUUAAAUUUCAAACGGGUAAUUUCUCAUCAACCUCGUUUAAUACUAUUAAUAUCCUAAACCGUGAAUACCCCAGAUAAAGAGUUGGUCAGGUCAAAUCAUCUAUGUUGCGGGAUCUGUACAUCUCAAUGUUGUCUUGUUAACGAAGAGAUUUCUGCUUUGUAGGGAUAGUGAGACUGUUGCUGGACAGAAGACGGCAGAGGCAUCAGGCUUGAAGGUAAAACCUCAUUCUAAGUUACUUCCUCCCUUGAUUACAUACAGUUUGUAGCCCUUGUUAAAAAAAAGGACCACAAUGCCUAUUUCCAUAUUAAGAUUGCAACAACUGAUAUGCAGAGAGAUAAUUCUCUCUGAGGUGGUUAGAGAUUUACAAAGUUUAGAUUUCGGAUUACUACGUUGAGCAGUUGACAUGUUGUCACUGCCGUGACCGUUAUGGUGUACCCAAACAAUCGCAAGUUAGCCAUAUUUUGGUUCUGUCAGUUGAGCUUUGAACUCUUCUCAUUCCUUCCUUCCUCCACCUGCCCCCCUCCCCCCCCUCCCCACACUUUCCCUCCCCUCCCCCUCCCCCUCCCCUCACUCCCCCCCUCAAAAAAAUUGAAUUACUGCAAUUACUUUUUAUUUCAAAUUUUGCAGAUGGAUGUUCGAAAUCGCCAAGAAGAAAUUUCUUAUUUGAGAGCGUCCAUGAGCAGACUAAGGGAAGAUUUGGAUCAACAACGGAGGCUAAAUGUCUGUUUAAAGGAAAGAAAGGUAAGCUUUAGGUCGCAGAAUUGACGGAAAAACAACUGAGCAACCUCUCUUUUAACUUCACCACAGUUUGAAUGGUUAUUGGACAAAAACAUAGGACAUGUAAACGAAGCUUAACACAAUUUAGUUACUGGACCAACUGACAUCAUGUAUUCUCCUUGCUAACAGAAAUUUGCGAUGGACAUGGAUGAAAGAGACACAAGGAAGUCGACGCAUAGUUGCUAUGUAGACGAGCAUACGCGUUAUAAGGUAACUUGACUUGCGUAGUGCUUGGAAAUGACCUUUUAUUUGAUAAAGUCAGUGAGGUCUUAACUUUAAGAAAGCUCUUUAAAUGUUUUAAAAUGCAUUAAGCAAGGUUAUCCGAUUCGAAGAACUCAGUAUGUAAACUUUAAGCGCCUUUGACUAUUUCGCUUUUAACUUUUAGUAUGCUGUUUUCCUAUUUGUAGGAAGAACUCAAAAAGAAAAAGGCUGCAGAGAAACUGAAAAGGAAAAAUUACGAAAUAGAAUCGUUGAAAAAGGUAAUACUGCAGUUUGUCUGUUUUCUACUUUAGUUUUGUUGUUGUCUUUGUUUCUGUACGCCAUUUGCAAGAAACUGAUUCGGGGCAAGUUCAUUCAUUUUGUCAAAUCCGUGUUUAGAAUUAUUUUCGCAGUUCCGUUCAAAUAUACUUGAUUAUUAAGGUCAAAGUUAGGAAGCCGCCUUCAAUUUCAAAUUAGUGCUGAUUAUGGUGAAUUUUCAAGUGCAGAAAUUGCUUGAUUUGAAUGUAAUUGUCAUAAAUGUGAAGUACACCAUGUAACACUCCGAACACUGAAUACCGAAGGCGAACAUCUUUCGUACACACCAAAUCACCCUCUGCGAGAAUGAUUAUUAAAGCGUCUAAUAAGGACUUCUGUUCCCAGAGAGAAAAAGAUUAAUACGCCUUUUACUUUGCGAAUGUUGAAGAGCCUCUCUUUUCCUUGCGUCAUUAUUUUUCUGCUACACUGUAUCAUUGUAUUUACUACUGAUUUAUUACAGGAAUUGAUGUCCGCUGACCGAGAAUUGAACGAAACCGCUGUCAAGUUGCAACUGCUGGAGUCAACUCGGGUAAGUACUGCCGGCUCAGUUGUGCCCCACGGUUCAUCUCUGUUCAAUUUUUUGUAAAAUUGUUCUUACCAUGUCACAUUGGCGAGAAGUGCGUGUUACAGCUAUCUCUGAGAGAAAUUAAGAUUUUAAGCAUAUGAGAUUACAAGCGAGGAACAAGAAGGAGGAAUUCCACCGCUCAUUUCCUCGGCUCCUGUGGUUUAUUUCCAUCUGUAUUGCCACCUCAUAGAACGGCACAGUGACCCUCAUCCAAAGUGAUCCAAAGUGACCCUCAAAGUGUGGGACAGGGUUGUAAAUUGUACGAGAAAACUUAAUAUUGAUGGUUUUAUGCUGAGGUGUACGUGGUGGCAACAGGUAAAUGAAUGGUUUGGAUUAAAGAUUAACAAGAGAGACAUCAUAGAGAGACCCGAGAGAAAUGUGGCAUUGUCUUAGCAAGGGAACAUCUCUUAAACAUCAUUUGUGUUCUGUUUCAGAAUUUGACAAGUGCUCGAAGCGCUCAGAGUGAGGACAGCGCUAUUUUGGACUAUGAUGAAUAACGAUCACACUAACUCUGAUACGACGUCAUGUUGUCCUGGUUCCCGUCGUAAAAUGCCUCCUCUAGAACGAUUGAGGCAAUCCUGAAUAAAUUACUAAUUGCAGGAGACACUACGCGGGGUAUUGAAUGAUAUAACAUCUCGAAAUCUAAGCGCAAGACAAGUAGCUCGAGUGGCCAGUUGGUUUGUUUAUGGAUGGUGCUAUCGCCUGCAGGCGUACAAGCCUUACAGAGAAUAGAAUAAUCCUUAGAGACAUCACUCGCUAACGCAGGUCUGCCGCUUAUCCUAAGCGGCUCCAAGAGCAGAAAUACUCAGCCACCCGGGCUAUAAGACAAGUUAUUGUGUGACACAGUCAUUAUUAAGAUAUCUGACCAAGAUUCUGCGAACCGGUAGACUUAGGUAAACAAACUUGAAUGUUAACAUUUUCGAACAAACAAACAACAAACAAGAAGAUAAACAAAAUUAACCAAGUUUAAUUAACUUCACUGUUUCCCUUUCCAAUGCGUCACGAUCAUGACAAAACCCACCUGACUGGAAAUAACUGAGACUUGCGAUGUAAAUACUUUCUAUAUUUACCUAUAAAUUCAUUCAUGGAAUGUCUUUAUUAAAAGCCUG